GCGGCGAGGGACAGGGCGCACAGGGCGGCGCGGUCGCGGUGCCGUCCGAGGUGAACGCGUGAGCGCUCGACCCGAGAUGUACAUACGCGGGACGCGGGAACGGGAACAACGGGAUUCUUUGAGCCGUCGGGCGACGGCGGCGGCGGCGGCGACGACGACGACGUGCGCGCUUCGCGACGCGGCUUCUUCCACCGAACGCGGUGCCCGAGAACGAACCGAUAUUAUCGUUCGCGGGCGACGCGCGAGGGAGGGGGGAGACGCGGCGCGUUCGACGGCGCGCGCGACGACGACGCGACGCCGCGACGGGGUAUAUAUUGGGGCAGAUGGGAUUUUUUGGGUGGAGCGGGGGGAAGCGCAAUUUUUUGCCGCGGCGACAGCACGCACGCAGGUGUACAACAGAACGACAAAACGACAACCUAGCGAGGAACAACACUAGACAACAACAACGAUCCCGAGCAUAUCAUAGCGGGUGACAAGCCGUGCUGGCCUUCUUUAAUACAUACGAAAGUGUUAAGAGAG